UUUUCGCAGCUCUUGGCGUAAAAAAAAACUAUGCUCAAGGCAGGAGCACCUCUGAGUAGCUGUGCAAGGCGACCGCUGCGGAUGCAAGAUGGCGCAGCUCGAGCGCUACAUCGCAUGCGUCAUUCUGGUGCUGGCCGGCAUCUCCUGCGUUGAGUCCCGAAAAGACUACCAUCCACACCUAUGCAGCGGAUUCUUCAUUGGGCCGCAACCACAGAAUCCAUGCGGAUACCUCUGCUACACAUUUGAGGGAGUCUUUCAAGGAAUAUUGUCAGAUGGCGCACGCUGCCGGCCUUCGCCGUUCUUCGGUCGUCACGGACGAUGCUAUAGAGGAGAGUGCAUCGUUCAGAGGCCAAAAAUACGACAAUGCGACGACGUUUACCGAGGGUCUGGGUACGCACCCUCCUGUCGUUAUCGCUGCGUUGACCCGUUCGGACAACUCGUAAUAAGGCCAUACCAACUCGGAACACCCUGUCUGAAUUUGAAUCGGAAGAAACGACCUGUCGGUGCUGCGGGCGUGUGCAAGGCUGGGCAAUGCAUUGAAUACGAUGACUUAGAGGUGAGGAGCCGUUGGGUUAUGGAGAAUGUCUUCCAAUACAAGUACCACCGAUGUCUUGCCAAGAAACAGGUCACUAAAAAUUACCUCUGGGAUUGCCAUCACUACUGCAAGAGGAACAAGGUGUGGUACUUCGGCGUGUAUCAAGACGGCAGCAGAUGCUUGAACCCGGACACCCGCGCACCUGGCUUCUGCUGUCAUGGAGUCUGCAAUCCUACGGAAUGCAAACGAAAGAAAUAAAGAGACGUUUUCCUUGCCGCAUCAUAGGCGGCCCCUGAGAA